AUGUCCGGUGCUCAACAACGUUUGAUCCAGGUGGCUCACCACAUCGGGUCCAAGAAGGGCCCCUCCGUUAUUACCGAAAAGAACCCCGACGAUGUUGUCGUAACUUGCGCCCUCCGCAGCGCUCUCACAAAGGGUGGAAAGGGAGGUUUCAAGGACACCGCGGCCGCCGAUAUCUUGGCUGGUGUCUUCAAGGGCCUGAUCGACCGCAGCGGUAUUGAUCCCAACCUCGUUGAGGAUAUCUCGGUUGGAACUGUCCUUGCCCCUGGUGGCGGUGCCACGGAGUUCCGUGCUGCUGCUCUGGUGGCGGGCUUCCCAGAGUCCACCGCCGUCAAGGGUCUGAACCGCCAAUGCUCUAGUGGCCUGCAGGCGGUUGUGGAUAUUGCGAAUGCUAUCAAGGCGGGUAUGAUUGACGUCGGUAUUGGUGCGGGUGUUGAGAGCAUGACUUCUCAAUAUGGCCCCGGCGCUGUCACCGAGUUCUCCGAUCUCCUCGAGAACCACGAGGAAGCUGCCAACUGCAAGGUCCCCAUGGGUGUUCUCUCUGAGAACAUGGCCAAGGACCGCGGCAUUAGCCGCGCUGCCCAAGACGCGUUCGCCGCCAACUCAUAUCAAAAGGCCGUCAAGGCUCAAAAGGCCGGUCUCUUCAACGAGGAGAUCCUCCCUCUGGAUGUCAAGUGGACCGACCCUAAGACCAGCGAGGAGAAGACCAUCACUGUCAAGGCCGACGACGGCAUCCGUGACGGCAUCACCGCCGAGUCACUCGGAAAGAUCCGCCCUGCUUUCGCCAAGGACGGCUCCAUCCACGCCGGUAACGCCUCCCAGAUCUCUGAUGGCGCCGCCGCCGUCCUGCUGAUGAAGCGUUCCACUGCCGAGCGGCUGGGCCAGAAGAUCAUUGGCAAGUUUGUGUCUGCUAGCGUUGUCGGUGUCAAGCCCCUGCUCAUGGGUAUCGGCCCCUGGAAGGCCAUCCCCGUUGCCCUUGAGAAGGCCGGCAUCACCAAGGACGACGUCGACAUCUACGAGAUCAACGAGGCUUUCGCUUCCCAGUGCGUCUGGUGCAUCAACGAACUCGGCCUGCCAGAGGAGAAGAUUAACCCCAAGGGCGGCGCCAUUGCUUUUGGCCACCCGCUCGGGUGCACCGGUGCCCGACAGAUCAGCACACUCUUCACGGAGCUGAAGCGCACCAACAAGAAGAUCGGUGUCACCAGUAUGUGUGUGGGUACCGGCAUGGGUAUGGCUGCUGUCUGGGUUGCCGAGUAA